AUGGAAAACCCGGCUUAUAACCCGGAGGAGGGCCAGCGGAUGGCCAACGAGUGUUUGGCCGCGAGGUUAUUGUCCGGUAAGGACAACACGGGCGGCCGCGGCGGGCCCGGCACCGCGGUGUCCACGAUCUACGACCCACGCGCCUACGGAACGACCGCCGCCGCCGCAGCCACCAACGCCGCCGCGGUAGUGACGACGCCCACGCCAGCCGCAUUCCAGCCGACGACCCGGCAACAGCCCGGCAAGCGGUGUACCUGCUGGCAGCCGCCCUCGGACAUACCGCAUUUGCAUAAGUGCAAUUCGCCGCCAAGGACCAUGUGCCACACCAACAUGUUUGUCCUAUACACGUUUCUGUUCUUCACGGCGAUCAUAUGCCUGACCACCAGCGUGCUGUUGUACAUCACUAGAAUACAAGUUCCACACAAGGAGAAGUAUCCACUAGUAGUAGAAGGAGAAUUUCAAAUUACAAAUAUUCCGUACACGAUAGGCUUUGUGGAUAGAAACUCCACCGAGUUUUUAGCACUUAGUGCCAAUAUCACGACUCAGUUGGAUGACACGUUCAGAAACAGUGAACUGUCACCGUGGUAUGAUGGCUGUGAGGUGAUCGAUCUAAGUCCUGGUCAAGCAAAAGGCGUUCAAGUACAGUGCGAAAUCAAGUUCUCUCAAGAACCCGAGUCGGCGAUCGGAAUUGGGCAGAUCGGCAUUGCGUUCCUCAAAACUCUUCGCAUACAGCACGGGCAUACUUGGUUAGGAAAUUACAGCGUGGACGUUCAAUCCAUUGGAUUCCAAAUGAGUGGCGAGUUGGGUGUGUGGACUGAUUGGUCAGAAUGGAGCGGCUGUGAAGAUCCGGGAGACUAUGUAGCUACCAGGACCAGGAAAUGUUUGACUCGGGACACUCGAGAACCGACAAGUGUGGACCGGUGUCUGCUCAUACCGGGCAACAAGAGUGAUCUGGACCUGAUGCCCUGUCGGAUAUAUUUGUCACAAAACUCGGACCUCGAUGAAUAUUUCACAGUCCCGCCACCGAUUUCGACAUCAACCAGCAAGGAAGUAAUCGAACAGGCACCGACAAACAAAGUCGCUGAAAAUGUCGAAGAUAAUUGGAUUUGUGACGAAUGCAAAGAAGACGAAGUCUGUUUGGCCGAUCGUGACGAAGGGAUUCUGCAGUGUUUACCAAGUUUGGAUACAAAGGAUUUAACUGGAUGUGGGGGUCGAUGUGGUAUAAACACCCAGUACUGUCAAAAAAUUCAUAGAAAUGCGUAUACUUGUGUGGAUACUUCGCCGUGCUCUAAAAAUGAGUUCGAGUGUGGAAACCGCAUGUGCGUAUCGGAUAAGGCGAAGUGUAAUGGUAUUUACGAUUGUUUAGACCAGACAGACGAAAAAGAUUGUCCAUGUGAUCUCGACACACAUUUCCGGUGUGGCAUUCAAUGUUUGCUUAAGACGAAAAUGUGCGACGGCGUGUCGGACUGUUGGAAUGGCCACGAUGAGCUUAAUUGUACCCAUUGCGAAGAUGGUAAAUUUGCUUGUAAUUCAAACGAUGAGUGUGUGAGCUACGAUCAUUUUUGCGAUGCAUACGCAGACUGUACAGACAAGUCUGACGAACCGUUAGGAUGUGAAGGGCCUUGCAGGAGUAAUGAGAAAGCUUGCAGAAAUGGCCGGUGUGUAAAAAUGCAUACGCUUUGUGAUGAAAUAGAAGACUGCGGAAAUAAAUUUAUCAAUAAAACUAAUUGUUAA